AUGUCGCAUUCGCCGCGCGAAUCGUCGACACCUACUGAGUUUGGUAGUCAAUACGAUACUGACGAAGAACAACUUACGGAAGUAACUCCACUUACAGCACCCGAUGGAUCAGCUCCUCAAACUAAUAAUAGACAUAGUGACUCAUGGAUAACUUUCAAAACUCGGCUUAGAUAUUAUGUUCCGGUUUUCAGUUGGUUACCAACUUAUUCUAUACAAAUAUUCAUUGAAGACUUUUUAGCCGGUUUAACUGUAACAGCCAUUUUGUUGCCCUCUGCUUUGUCAUAUUCUGUGUUGGCAAAGCUUCCACCUGUUCAUGGUUUAUAUGCUGUCGUCAUACCUGGAGCCAUUUAUUCAUUUCUUGGCACUUCAAAACAAUUAGUUAUUGGACCAGAAGCACUUGUAUCUAUGCUUAUAGGUUCUUCUGUAGUACAACAACAACGAUAUAUGGACAAAGAGGGUGACGAAGUAUCUGCUAUUUUAAUCGCAGGUUUAAUAACAUUUUUUGUGGGUAUUUUGACGUUUAUUCUUGGUAUAGUUCGAUUAGGAUUCUUGGAUUCUGUAUUGUCUCGUGCUCUUUUGCGUGGAUUUAUUUCUGCUGUGGCAAUUGUAAUUAUGAUCGAACAACUUUUGGUUAUGUUCAAGUUAUCUGAGACAGCUGCAAAGGAUGGAAUCGGUCACGCAUCGUCAUCAGUUGAAACUUUUGUCUAUAUUAUUACACAUCUUGAUCAUGCUCAUAUAUUAACUACCAUGGUUUCAUUCUCAAGUCUUGCUUUUCUUUUAAUAACUGGCUUCAUCAAAAAAAAAUUGUCCAAACGAUGGCCACAAGUGCAAUUCGCACCGGAAAUUUUAAUAUGUGUUAUUAUAUUUACAAUAUUGUGUAAUAUUCUUAAUUGGGAUGAAGAUGGUGUCGAUAUUCUUGGAUCAAUUAAAGGAGGUGGAUUCCCUAGUUUCCAACUCCCUUUUCCAAAUCAUUCUCAUCUUAGGGAUUGUUUUGAAGCAGCUGCUUUGAUAUCUGUUAUCGGUUUUGUAGAAUCUAUUGUAGUCACAAAAACUUAUGCGACAAAACAUAAUUAUGCUGUUAGUGCCAACCGUGAGCUAGUUGCCUUGGGUACAGCAAAUUUAGUUGGAAGUUUUUUCCAAUGCUUCGCUGCUUAUGGUGGUAUGGCGAGGAGUGGUAUUAAUGAUAGAGCUGGUGCCAAGACUCAAUUAGCAGGGCUCAUUAAUGCUACACUUGUACUUUUAUGCUUACUUUUCCUUCUUAGUGCAUUUUAUUAUCUGCCGAAACCAGUAUUAGCAGCAAUUGUCACAGUUGCUGCUAUAUCCCUGUUAGAAGAACUUCCACAUGAUUUAUAUUUCAUGUACAAGAUUAAAGCAUGGAAAGAUUUUGCUUUACUCUUUUUGACCUUUUUCUCCACUAUUUUUAUUUCUAUUGAAUAUGGCACAUUAAUUUCAGUUGCCUUAUCGUUAAUACUUGUGGUUAAACAUUCUACUUAUCCACGUAUUACAUUAUUAGGUAGGAUAGGUGAUACAAACCGUUUCAAACCUAUAAAAGAUUUUCCUGACCAAGCUGAACAUGUUGAAGGAGUGCUCGUUGUUAGAAUUUCUGAACCCUUGUACUUCGCCAACACUGGUCAACUUAAAGAUCGGUUAAGGCGUCUGGAAGAAUUCGGUGAUAUGAGUGUUCAUCCUUCUGAAGAAGCUCGGAUGUCUCCAAUUGAGAAUGUAAUAUUUGAUAUAGAAACAAUGGAAGAUAUUGAUGCUAGUGCUGUGCAAAUUCUUUUGGAAAUUAUUGUAGCAUAUCAUCAACGUGGAGUUAAUGUAUUUUUUGUAAAAUUGCGUGAAAAUCAAAGGAAGUUAUUUAUACGUGCUGGAAUAACGGAUAGAGUUGGGAGUGAUCAUUUCUUUAAGCGAAUUCCUGAUGCACUUGAAUAUAUCAAUAGAGUAGGAUUGAAUAUUGAAUGA